AUGGUUAGUAAGGCAAUUAAGAGAGCAUUUAUUUCUGGAAUAACCAAGGGAAUUGGUAAAGAGUUAGCAGUGGGUUUGAGAAAACGUGGGUAUAAGGUGUAUGGAACCUGUCUCCCCAGCGAACAGUGGGAAGCCAAGAACUUGGAAGAUGUAUAUGGAAUUAAAAUAUUUGCGCUAGACGUGAGUAAAGUAGAAGAAAUCGAGAAGCUCGCUAGCUCCAUUGAACAGGAAAUCGAUGGUCGCAUUGACUUUUUGUACAAUAAUGAAAGUGUGGUGAUCGGAGGACCUGCUAUCGAAACUCCAGAUAAGGAUCUCGAGCAAAUAUUCAAGGUGAAUGUCUUAGGGAACAUAUACCUCACCAAGCACCUCUCCAAGUAUGUUAUACAGGCCAAGGGAAUUAUUGUGUUUAGCAGCUCUGCCACUGCUAGGCUGCCUGUUCCCUGGAUGUCUGCAUAUGGAGCUUCCAAGGCUGCAGUUGACCAAUACGCAUUAAUCUUGAGAUCCGAGUUGAAGCCCUUCGGAGUUCAAGUCCACAGUGUAAUAAUUGGAAAUAUCUCGUCUUCCUCAUCUCACCAUGGCAUAGUUACCAAUUGUGUAAGAGGACCACACUAUGCAGUAGACGGCAUAUAUGAGAGUUUCAAGUCCAUCGGUGAAUAUACAGAAAGUGUCAACAUUUCGCCUAGGGAAGCAUCGGAGAACAUAUUGAAUAAGAUCUUGAGUCCGUGGUCAUACCCGGGGUUUAACAUAUUUACUGGCGCAAGAGCGUAUCUAAGCCAUCUCUUUGUUAGAUACUUACCAUUAUGGUUAGUGGAAUAUGGAGUCGCAUUUCAAUUCCGCCUCUUUAAAGUCUGGACUGGGGUCAGAAGGAAGAGAAGAGCUGCCCAGGUAACCUGA